UUGAUAUGGAAAAGUCAAUAUUCCAGGCCAGAAUCCCCUUAAAUCCACUUUCUCGGGAAUCCUUUGGCGUGGAGUGAGAUCGAAAGACUAGGAAGGUUCAAGAAAGCCGUCGACGAAAAGCAGGUCCAAUAAACGAAAUUUCUUAACCCGCCCCUCCAAACUCCCAAAAAAACACAAGAAAUCAACACCGCAACCACCCAGCCUUGCUACCCACUCUCCAAAUCGUUUCUGAUCGCAACGUUUAUUUUCUUCUUUCCAGAAGGAUAUUUCAGCGCUUACAUUGUACGGUGCAGAACAGUAAUCGCGAAAAUGAGUGUUGUCGGUGUAGAUUUCGGGACACUCAAUACAGUUAUUGCCGUUGCGCGGAACCGUGGCGUCGAUGUCAUCGUCAAUGAAGUCAGCAAUCGAGCCACACCGUCUUUAGUAGGCUUCGGCCCCAAGUCGAGAUACCUCGGAGAGCCUGCGAAGACCCAAGAAAUCUCCAAUCUGAAGAAUACCGUCGGAUCCCUAAAGCGAUUAGCAGGCCGGGCACUUAACGAUCCAGAUGUGCAAAUCGAGCAGGACUUCGUCUCUGCGCCGCUCGUCGAUAUCAAUGGCCAGGUCGGUGCGGAGGUUACAUAUAUGGGCAAGAAGGAAAGAUACACUGCAACCCAGCUGGUUUCCAUGUUCCUGAGCAAAAUCAAGCAAACAGCCUCUGCUGAGUUAAAGCUUCCAGUGUCAGAUUUGGUUAUGAGUGUGCCAGCAUGGUUUACCGAUGCUCAGCGAAGAGCUCUCAUGGACGCUGCAGAGAUCUCUGGUCUCAAGCUCCUCCGCCUCAUGAACGAUACCACUGCAGCUGCCCUUGGCUACGGCAUUACAAAGACGGAUCUCCCAACGGCUGAAGAGAAGCCCAGACGUGUCGCAUUCAUCGACAUCGGACACAGCAACUACACAUGCUCGAUUGUUGAGUUCAGGAAAGGUGAAUUGACCGUCAAGUCAACCGCAUAUGACCGUCAUUUUGGUGGACGAGACUUUGACAAGGCCUUGGUCGACCAUUUUGCUGCCGAAUUCAAGGAGAAGUACAAGCUCGAUAUCAAGUCCAACCCCAAGGCUUUGGUUCGUGUUCAUGCCGGAGCCGAAAAGUUGAAGAAGAUCCUGUCCGCCAACCAACAGGCUCCUCUCAACAUCGAAUCCUUGAUGAACGAUGUCGAUGUGGCUACUAUGAUGACACGUGAGGGUCUUGAGGAGCUCGUUGAGCCCCUCCUUAAGCGUGCUCACAUCCCACUAGAGCAAGCUUUACUUGAGGCUAAGUUGAAGGUUGAGGAUAUCGACAUCAUUGAGUUGGUAGGAGGAUGCACGCGUGUUCCAGCUCUCAAGGACCGCAUCCAGAAAUUCUUCGGCAAGACCCUCUCCUUCACACUUAACCAGGAUGAGGCUAUUGCUCGAGGAUGUGCUUUCAGCUGUGCCAUUCUCUCACCCGUCUUCCGAGUCCGUGAUUUCGCCAUUCACGAUAUUGUCAACUACCCGAUCGAAUUUACCUGGGAGAAAUCACCUGACAUUCCAGAUGAAGAUACCAGCCUGACUGUCUUCAACAAAGGUAAUGUCAUGCCAUCAACCAAGAUUCUCACAUUCUACCGCAAGGAGCCAUUCAACCUCGAGGCAAAGUACGCCAAGCCAGAAAUGCUUCCAGGCAAGACCAACGCGUGGAUUGGACGAUUUGCUGUCAAGAAUGUGAAGGCCGAUUCAUCAAACGACUUCAUGAUCUGCAAGCUCAAGGCACGUCUGAACUUGCACGGAAUCUUGAAUGUGGAGCAAGGUUACUAUGUUGAGGAUAUGGAGGUUGAGGAGCCAAUCCCAGAGGAGAAGAAGGAAGAUGGCGAAAAGAAGGAUGCUGAUGUGAGUUUUGAGCCUCCUGACCCCCUACAUGUUCAUGCUUCUUGCGAGGACGAGCGUGCUGUCAAGCGUCCCCGAUUGGGACAACAGUCACUAACACCUCCAAAGGCGAUGGACACCGACGAGAAGCCCAAGACCCGAAAAGUCAAGAAGCAAGUCCGAAAGGGUGAUCUUCCGAUUGUAUCAGGUACCUCUUCUCUCGAGGAGGCUACCAAGGCUUCAGCUGCCGAGCAAGAAGCUUCUAUGAUCAUGGAAGACAAGCUUGUUGCCGACACCGAAGAGAAGAAGAACGAGCUUGAAACUUAUAUCUAUGAAAUGAGAAAUAAGAUUGACGACCAGUACUCCGAUUUCGCCAGCGAGGACGAGAAGACAAAGCUGAAGGCUAAGCUUGAGGCUAGCGAGGAGUGGCUCUACGACGAGGGUGAGGAUGCUACCAAAGCUGUCUACAUCGCCAAGAUGGACGAGAUCCGUGCUGUAGCUGGUCCCAUCGUUCAACGCUACUUUGACAAGGUAGAGGCAGAGCGUGCUGCAGCUCAAGCAGAGGCCGAGGCCGAAGCUGCGAAGAAGGCAGAGAUGGCCAAGGCAGCUCGUGAAGCAGCUCUUGCACAAGAGGCUACUCAGAGCAAGGACGAGGAAAUGACUGAUGCCGAAGGUACCAAACCCGAUGAGGUCGAGGAAGCCAAGUAAAGACGUUGAUGCAUUAAUGAUCUCAUGACGGGUGGGGUGGAUGA